AUGGGGCUCUCCAACCAUCUCCACGACGUCUCCGGCGACUCCAUCCCUCUCCUCCUCCUCGCCGCGGCCGCCGCCUCCAUCGCCUACCUCCGCUCCCUCCUCCUCCGCCUCCUCCCCCUCUCCCUCUCCUCCUCCCCCGCCGACGCCGACGCCGACCCCGAGCCGUCCGUCGGAUCCGGACUCGCCGGCCUCGUCGUCCUCGCCGACCACCUCGCCUCCAACCGGUCCUUCGCCUUCGCCUCCCGCUCGUCGGGAGGGGAGGGCCGGCGGGCGGAGUGCGCGGUGUGCCUCUGCGGCCUGGCCGACGGGGACCGCGUCCGGCGCCUCCCCUGCCGCCACGUCUUCCACGGUGAGUGCCUCGAAGGCUGGUUCCACCACCUGAACCUCACCUGCCCGCUGUGCCGCUCCGAGCUGGCCGCGCCGGAGGUUCGCGCCGCUGCCGACCGCCGGAUCGGGGCCGAGCUCGUCGCCUGGCUCUCCCACCACUGA